CUCCCUUCUCCCCCUGAGAUAUCUCAUCUCAUCUCACCUUCGUUCUGUGCGAUAUCAACUCCAUCAUCUUUAUCACCCAUAAGGACUCGACUGUUCGCUCUUUGCCGUUCUCGCCGCUGGUCCUGCCGUUCCUGUGUUCUCAUAGGACUCCAGGUUUGGAUCUUGGAUUGGGUACGUUCGUGUGGCUAGGCCGCAAGAGCUUCUGAUACCUUGGUUGUCGUUCGUCAAUCAAGGAAUCAUUUUCUUCUUGCCGUUCUCGCUGCUUGGCGUGCCAUUCCUGUGUUCUCAUAGGACUCUCCAACUCCUUAAACUGGAGUGAGCAUGUACUUGUGGCCAGGCCGCAGGAGCUUUCGGUCGGUCUCUUUACUGUGGUUCUCUCAAUUCUAUCCCUGAUCUCUUAUUCGCUGGAGUCAGGGCUGCUCAUCGCUUUUUCAAAGCCCGGGUGGGAGGGCUACUCGAUCAUUCGAGGGAAAAAUGUCGCCCGUCUUGCAAGAGUCGCACUGGGUUUUGUCCAAGAAAGUUGUCGUUUCUGUACCAGGCACGAAACAUUCUUGCGAUGCCAGGUGUCGCAUUGCCUAUUCCAACGAUCCCGAGCGAGGAUCUAUCUCUCUUAGUAUCAAGGCAGCCCUUGCUAACUCCACUGACAGAUCGGAUUCACUAACAUUGAAUAUCUGCCCCAAAGCGGUCCGGAACUCUUCGCUAGUUAAGAGAAGCAAACCUAAUCUGUGCCCAUCGGAAUUGUCCUCGAAGAUUCGACAAACUAUAAGCGGUGCUACGGAUGUUUCAACGCUCAGUAUACAUUUAGCUAGGCCGGGGAUUGUUCUUUGUCCAUCCUGGGCAAAGUCUCUGAGUUCUUCCGAUCCAGAAGACUCAAACUUUAUCGCAUUCGCCCAUAUCUGUCAAUCAGAAUCUCUACGCCUACACUUUGCCCUGGUACAAUUCCAAGGAGGCGAAUUUGAGACGUUGAGAAAAUUCUGCUCUAAAAUACAAACCCUCCAGCCAGAGUCUUUCGACCAUCACCGGCGUGGUGUAGUCGAGAGAGAUCCGAGUAUAUUCCAGCUUUCUCCACCCCCAUAUGAUGAGGAACAUGUAUCAACACCGGCUGAGCAAGCGGAUCCACCCCAAUACAAUGACCAACCCGAAUUGAAUCCGGUCAUUGGCAAGCGGGACAGAGGGUGGUCCCUGUCACCCGAAGAAGGUUGCAAAAGGCCGCUUCUUACACAACCAGACUGGCUUGGAGCACCUACUGAAGUCAAUACUCCAAGUACUUGCUCUCCGUCACCAUCCUCAAACUCGAUCCGUCCCACCCACUUUAUACAUGCUUCGUCACCCGACGACACAGAUCAUGUUCUACUUAGAUAUCUUGAGCAGAAGCUUAGCCGACUUUCCGAAGAUCGGGUUCGCGAGCUAUUGAUUCGCUCCGGACACCAUCGUCUACUGGGCUUGUCAGGGGAUGUAGAUGGUGGCCUACCAUCCAAGCCCGGCAUAUCUGGCCCUCCUGGCGUCCAUCUGAUCGAUCCUUACAUCAAAAGGUAUAUCGAUGAGGAAAUUCACAACAGUCUCAAAUUACAGCAGGAUAUUGUACGCGACAGCAUCAAAGCAGAACUUGAUGAUAUCGUUCAAGACAGCAUCAGAUCAGAACUGCCUGGUCUUGUCGAUCAUUUUCGCGAGGAGAUUGCUGACGAACACAAAAUAAAAGUCUGCGAGUUAGGCGAGGUGGUCCAGGACAGUGUAUGCGAGAUACAAACUGUAACCAAUGAUGGUUCAGAGGUAAUAGGGGACGUUACGACAGCGCAUAUCGACGAACUAGAUAAGCAGGCCGUCGAGGCGAAGAAAGCAUUGAAGGAAAUGGCUUUGAAGUUGACUGCUUCUCUCAGGGCCUCAUUUGAUGAUUUGCGAGGCUCCAGACAUGAAAAACAGGGCACACACACGAGAUGCCGCUCUGUUUAGAUCCUGGAUUUGGUCUUUUUACUCAAUAGUUUGUUGUGUAUCUCAGACUCCGUAGAUAUCUAGAAUGAGAUCAGAUCAGUGGGCAGAUAGUAUUGAACUGCUAGGCAUAGAUGGCAUACAGAAUUGCACACCCAAG